CCUUAGAAUUAUCAUUUCCGAUUGAAGAAAAAGAAACAAAAUACAAAAACCUCAAUCGACACACCAAACCAAACACAUAACAGAACUGUGUUUCCAGAAAUGUACGGACAGACGAUAACCGAAUCCGAUUUUGCUGUUCUUGAAUCGGUUCGAAAAUACUUACUUGGAGAUUCGAUUUCUAUGUCUUCUUGCAAUAAUUCUACAAUUAAUCCCUCUGUUGUUCCUAGUACUACUCCUGUUUAUUGCCGGAGCUCAAGCUUCAGUAGCUUGUACCCUUGUUUAUCGGAUAACUGGGGCGAUUUGCCGCUCAAAGUCGAUGAUUCUGAAGAUAUGCUUCUCUACGGCGUUCUCCGCGAUGCUGUUACUGUUGGUUGGGUCCCAUCUCUAAGAACUGAGCCGCAGCCUGAUUUUCCGCCGGUGAAAUUAGAACCGGAGGAGAUUUUUGCUGCUUUGCCGGAGAUUGUGCCAACUCCGGCUACUGUACAGAUGCCGGAGAGGAUUGAGACUCAAGCUAUGGUUUCUGUGGCUGCUGCUACUACUACGACGGCUCCGGCAGUGGUGCCCACGAAGGGGAAGCAUUACAGAGGAGUGAGACAGCGGCCGUGGGGGAAAUUCGCAGCGGAGAUUCGUGACCCAGCGAAAAAUGGGGCUCGGGUUUGGUUAGGGACAUUUGAGACAGCGGAGGAUGCGGCUUUGGCUUAUGAUCGCGCCGCUUAUAGAAUGCGUGGGUCAAGGGCGUUGUUGAAUUUCCCAUUGAGGGUGAAUUCUGGAGAACCUGACCCUGUGAGAGUGACUUCAAAGAGGUCAUCACCGGAGCCGUCAUCUUCUUCAUCAUCGGGAUCGGUGAAUGGAUCACCGAAGAGGAGAAAGAAGGUUGUCAGCUCCGGUACAACGCCGUCUGAUACUAAAACAGUAGUGGCUCAAGCCGGAUUAGAAAUGGGAAAUGCAGUUAGAUAUCAAGUGGCAGCAAGUACACAUGGCGAGCAUCUAUUGGUUAAUUAAAGAAUAAUAUCGAAUGUGAAAGCCUUAAACAUUUUGAGAAAAUAGAGUGGAAAAAAAAAAAAAAAGUGAUACUGUAAAUCGAAGCUAUAAAAUGUUUAGAGGCAUUCCAUAAAUUUUUGAAGUUGGUUGAGGAGGGUUAAAAAAAAAAAAAAAAGAACUGUUUGGCUUGUGAAUAUAAAAUUUGUUGUUUUAUUAAUUUUUAUC